UCUUUCUUUUCGCCUUCAGUCCAUGAAAGAAAUUCAAACCUCUGAAAUAUAGAAAAAGUGGAGGAAAAAAAAAAGAAAAAGAAAAUCUCCAUUUCUUCUAAAUAAACGAGCAAUUCUUUCUCUACUCUGUAAUGGCGGCCUCCGUCGACAACCGCCAGUUCCACCUCGAACCUGCCUUAAACGGCGUCGUUCGCCCAUUCAAAUCUGUCCCAACCCACCGGUCUGAUUCUCCGGUUCGAACCUUCAAUUUCGUCCAAGAUUUCAACCGGUCCAACAAAAAACCUUUUCCUGCAACAAUGGAGGUGGAUGAUUCCUCCAGCGACGACGAAGAAGCUAAUGAUUAUAACGAUCUAAUCCGCAAAGGAAACAGCGAACUAGAGCCGUCGAUUUUCGAUCAACGAGAUGAAGGAACGGCUGACAACUGGGUUGAGCGUAACCCGUCGAUGAUCCGACUCACAGGAAAACAUCCUUUCAACAGUGAAGCACCUUUAACCCAGCUCAUGCACCACGGGUUCAUAACUCCUGUUCCCCUCCAUUACGUUCGAAACCACGGUCCCGUUCCUAAAGCGAGCUGGAAGGACUGGACCGUGGAGAUAUGCGGUUUGGUUAAAAAACCGAUCCGGUUCACUAUGGACCAGCUGGUUAAGGAGUUCCCUAGCAGGGAACUACCAGUGACCCUGGUUUGCGCGGGCAAUAGAAGAAAAGAACAAAACAUGGUUAAACAAACCAUAGGUUUUAACUGGGGCGCUUCAGGAAUAUCGACUUCAGUGUGGCGCGGUGUACCAUUACAUUUGGUGCUGAAACGGUGCGGGAUCUACAGCAAGAAAAAUGGGGCCCUCAAUGUGUGCUUUGAAGGAGCGGAGGAUUUGCCAGGAGGCGGCGGGUCCAAGUACGGAACCAGUAUCAGCAAGGGGUACGCGAUGGAUCCAUCGCGUGAUAUCAUAUUAGCUUACAUGCAAAACGGUGAGCUUUUGGCUCCGGACCAUGGUUUCCCUGUUAGGAUGAUAAUUCCUGGUUUUAUUGGGGGACGUAUGGUUAAAUGGUUAAAAAGAAUUAUUGUUACCACUCAAGAAUCAGACAAUUACUAUCAUUAUAAAGACAACAGAGUCUUGCCUUCUCAUGUCGAUGCCGAGCUUGCUAAUGCCGAAGCAUGGUGGUAUAAGCCGGAAUAUAUCAUCAAUGAGUUAAAUAUAAAUUCAGUUAUAACGACGCCGUCUCAUGAAGAGAUCUUGCCUAUUAACUCCUGGACGACCCAAAGGCCAUACACGUUGAAGGGUUACGCAUAUUCUGGUGCUGGGAAGAAAGUGACACGUGUGGAGGUGACUAUGGACGGUGGUGAAACGUGGCAAGUCUGUAACUUGGACCAUCCAGAGAAACCAAACAAGUAUGGCAAGUACUGGUGCUGGUGCUUUUGGUCACUUGAGGUUGAAGUGCUUGACCUUCUCGGUGCCAAAGAAAUUGCGGUUCGAGCCUGGGAUCAAACCCUCAACACCCAACCCGACAAGCUCAUUUGGAACGUCAUGGGCAUGAUGAACAACUGCUGGUUCCGCAUAAGGACAAAUGUAUGCAAGAGACACAAGGGUGAAAUCGGAAUUGUCUUCGAGCACCCCACCGUGCCGGGCAACCAGUCCGGCGGAUGGAUGGCCAAAGAAAGACAUUUAGAGAUAUCAUCAGAAAGUAACCAAACCCUAAAGAAAAGUGUCUCCACACCUUUCAUGAACACUUCCUCAAAAACCUUCUCCAUGGCGGAGGUCAAGAAACACAACUCCGCUGACUCUUGUUGGAUAAUCGUACACGGCCAUGUCUAUGACUGCACUCGUUUCCUUAAAGACCAUCCCGGUGGCACCGAUAGUAUUCUGAUCAAUGCAGGCACUGACUGCACCGAAGAAUUCGACGCCAUACAUUCCGAUAAAGCCAAGAAAAUGCUCGAGGAUUAUCGAAUCGGUGAGUUAGUUGAUUCCACAGCUUAUGCAUCUGACUCCAGCGUUUCCUCGCCUAACAACUCAGUUCACGGCGCAUCUGAUAUGACUCAAACACACUUAGCGCCUAUUAAAGAAGUUUCAUUUGCUCCUGUAAGAAAUAUAGCUCUGAUACCACGUGAGAAAAUCUCAUGCAAGCUUAUAAAAAAGGAGUCUUUAUCUCAUGACGUGCGUCUCUUUCGCUUUGCAUUGCCAUCUGAGGAUCAAGUGUUAGGCUUACCAGUAGGUAAGCACAUAUAUUUGUGUGCCACUAUUGAAGACAAGCUAUGCAUGAGAGCCUACACACCAACGAGCACUAUUGAGGCUGUGGGGUACUUCGAUCUUGUCAUCAAGAUUUACUUCAAGGGUGUCCACCCAAAGUUCCCUAAUGGAGGGCUAAUGUCCCAGUAUCUUAACUCGCUACAACUUGGGGCAUCAAUAGACGUGAAGGGUCCAUUAGGCCACAUUGAGUACGUCGGACGAGGAAAGUUUAUGGUACAUGGUAAACCAAAAUCUGCUAAAAAAUUAACCAUGUUGGCUGGCGGGACAGGAAUUACUCCGAUUUAUCAAGUGGUUCAAGCCAUCUUGAAGGACCCAGAAGAUGAUACUGAAAUGUAUGUGGUGUAUGCGAACCGGACAGAAGAUGAUAUUUUGUUAAGAGAAGAGCUUGAUAGCUGGGCUAAAGAAUACAGCGAUAGGUUAAAAGUGUGGUACGUGGUUCAAGAGUCUAUCAAGGAAGGGUGGCAAUAUAGUGUGGGAUUCAUCACGGAAAGUAUCCUGAGGGAGCAUGUUCCAGAAGGAUCAGACGAUACUCUGGCUUUGGCUUGUGGGCCACCACCUAUGAUACAGUUUGCUGUGCAGCCUAAUUUGGAGAAGAUGAAUUAUGAUAUCAAGGAUUCGUUGCUAGUAUUUUAAAGAAAAUGUUGAAACUUGUAUAUAAUAUUUAUAUCUAUUUUUUUUUUUAUUGUUUAAUAAGAUGGCUGCUAAUAUUCCUAGCUUUUAUCUUCUAUUUUCUCUUCAUAACAAAAAGGCGGAGAGGGGGAAUAAAAAUUGUUAGAUGGGAAAUUAGGUUUUAGAUUUAGAGCAGCAAUAUUUCUCUUGUAUGGAGCAUCCAAUGAGCCAAAUAUCUUCUUGUAUAUAUGAGAGAAAUGUUGUUGCUGAAUAUAAAUACAGUACAAAUGCUCUUUGUACCUCUCAUUUUAA